AUGGCAUCACAGAGCAACAACUCCUAUAUCCCUAUCUCGGAGUUCCUCCUUAUCUGUUUCCCUAACUAUCAGAGUUGGCAGCACUGGCUCUCCCUGCCUCUCAGCCUGCUCUUCCUCUUGGCCAUGGGGGCCAAUGCCACACUCCUGAUAACAAUCUGGCUGGAUACCUCUCUGCAUGAACCCAUGUAUUACCUUCUCAGCCUUCUUUCUCUGCUGGACAUUGUGCUCUGUCUUACUGUUAUUCCUAAGGUGUUGGACAUUUUUUGGUUUGACAACAAAUCUAUCAGUUUCUCUGCUUGCUUCCUCCAAAUGUUUGUCACGAACAGUUUCCUGACUAUGGAGUCCUGCACAUUCAUGGUAAUGGCCUAUGAUCGCUACGUGGCUAUCUGCCAUCCACUGAGAUACCCAUCCAUUGUUACUGACCAAUUUGUAGCUAGAGCCGCCAUUUUUGUUGUAGCUCGGAAUGGCCUUCUCACUAUGCCCAUCCCAAUACUUUCUUCCCGACUCAGAUACUGUGCAAAGAACAUUAUCAAAAACUGCAUCUGCACUAACCUAUCUGUAUCUAAACUCUCUUGUGAUAACAUCACCUUCAAUCAACUCUAUCAGUUUGUGGUAGGCUGGGCCCUACUGGGCUCAGAUCUCAUGCUUAUUAUUAUCUCCUACUCCUUUAUCUUGAAAGCUGUACUAAAGAUUAAAGCUGAGGGAGCUAUGGCCAAAGCUCUAGGCACUUGUGGGUCCCAUUUCAUCCUCAUUCUCUUCUUCAGCACAGUCCUGCUGGUUCUGGUUAUCACUAACCUGGCCAGGAAGAAAAUUCCCCCAGAUGUCCCCAUCCUGCUCAACAUCCUGCACCACCUCAUUCCCCCAGCUCUGAACCCCAUUGUUUAUGGUGUGAGAACCAAGGAAAUUAAGCAGGGAAUUAAGAAACUGAUGAGAAGGCUGUAA